UUCAUUGUGACGUCACAUCUUGGAAACCAUGCAUCGCUAGGCAGUCGUAAGCACACCAUGAUUAUAGCAGCAGUGGUUUCCUCUAUCGCCUUAAGGAACAGUCAAACGGAACAGGAAAUGGAGACGCCCUUACAACGGGGAUUAAAGAAAGGCGAUGACAAAUUAGAGCUAAGUGCGCAUGCGUACGAUGUCCUCACGGAUCUCAGAACAAACGGGCAGCUUUGUGAUGCCAUUCUAAAAGUUGAGAACCGGUCUUUUUCUGUUCAUCGUGCAGUUUUGUCUAUCUGCAGCCCAUACUUCCGUACGCUGUUUACAAACAGACUAUUGAUGACUGCUGACCAGAAGGAAUAUGUGAUUCCUUCAGUAAGCGCGGAAAUGAUACAGAUUAUCAUCGAUUUUGCAUACACGAAGAAGGCACAAAUCACUUUACGCAAUGUGAAGCAACUACUUCCUGUUGCGGAUCGACUUCAUGUAUAUGAACUGACAAAGCAAUGUUGCGACUACAUGUCUGAAAAUCUGGACACAGACGGAUGCAUGGAUACUUACGCAUUUGCUAAGAAACACUACUUCAAAGGACUCGAAGACGGGUGCUACGAUUUUAUAAUGAGAAAUUUUCGCAAAUUUUCUCUAUCAAGUGAAGCAUUUGCAGAGCUCAGCAUUGACGAAGUUUGUAAAAUUCUUUCAUCGGACGAUCUAAACGUCAAAAAUGAAGAAAUCGUUUUUGCUGCCGUUAUACGAUGGAUUGAUCAUGCCCCCGAGAGCCGGAAGUGCGAGAUAUAUCGUUUGUUGAAGACUGUCCGUCUUGGAUUUCUCACCACGCGAUAUUUCGCGGAAAAUAUUCGGACACAUCCAUACGUUGCGGAAAAUUCGUUAUGCAAACCGCUUGUGCGUGAUGCCCUGAAGUUCCUCUGUUCUCUGGAUAUGGAUGAUUACAGGAUACUGAACCUCGAGAGUCCAUUGGCCAAACCGAGGAUUCCCCACGAAGUUCUAUUUAUAGUCGGGGGAUGCCAUAACGGAACCAUGACCAAUGGCGUCAAAUCGUAUGACAGUCGUGCCGAAAAGUGGAUUGAUUGUCGUUAUCUGGAGGAAGGUUUACACGCCUACCAUGCGUUAGUUGCUAUGAGCACAAAGAUUUAUGUCAUCGGGGGCUACGAUGGAUUCCAUUAUAUCAACGGCGUACGCUGUUUCGACGUUGUAACUAAGGAAUGGAACGUGGUUGCUCCUAUGCACAAAAACAGGUGCUACGUGAGCGCGGUACAGCUGGGGGAUCAUAUUUACGCCAUUGGAGGCUAUGACGGCCACGACCGACUAGGAUCUGCCGAGAAUUACCUCCCUUCCCGGAACCAGUGGACAAUGAUUGCUCCAAUGCAUCACCAACGCAGUGAUGCUAAGGCCGCCGCAUUCAAUGAGAAAAUUUACAUUUUUGGAGGAUAUGACGGCGAGAUGUGUUUGAAUUCGGGGGAAUAUUACACACCUUUCACCAACCAGUGGACACUAAUUGAACCUAUGCGCAUGCGCAGAACUGGUUUCGGCAUAGCUAUACUUGACGGCUACAUCUAUUGUAUGGGUGGCUUUGGAGGCAUAACUCGCAUGUCUUGCGGCGAACGCUACAAUCCCGUUACAGACACAUGGCAUGCAGUACCGGAUAUGUAUUAUAUCCGAAGCCACUUUGGGUUUGAGGUAUUAGACGACAUGCUGUUUGCCUUUGGAGGAUUUGAUGGCAUAAAUUCCAUUUCGGGUGUCGAAUAUUUCGAUACCAAGACACAGGAAUGGUAUGACAAUGCUGACUUACCGGUCAGUCUUGAGGCAUUCGGAACAUGUAUUGUGAAAGGUAUUCCGAACGUCAAAGAUUACAUUUAUCAACCAAAACCGAAAGAGACAUCCGGCAAGAAGGACUCAAUUUGAAUUUUAUUUUGUAAUACGUGCAGAGGGUCAACAAUAUUGCACGAACCACACAGAAAACUAUCCCUCUCACAUAUAUUGCAUAUCAUUUGUAUAUAGAUCACUGUAUAUUGUUGGAACAGAGUAUUGUGAAAAAAAAAAUCAGGACAAUGCAUACAAUGUAUAUAAAAAGGUUGUAAUACACAUUUUCAUGUGUAUUGUAAAAGAAAACACUAUAACAGAUGAAUUUGUUGAAAUGCGUAGUAAAUGUAUAUGUAUGAUGUGUGUAGUACACUAGUGCAGGUACAUCAUUGUAUUUUAGGAGAAGUUUAUAGAUUGUACGUAUGAGCUACUCUAUUAUAUAAAGAAAAUAUAAUUCAGCCA